CCGCCGCCGCCGCCGCCGCCGCCGCCGCCGGGAGCCCGGGCCGCGAGCGAGAGCCGCGGGGCUGACAGCCGGCCCCGCCGCCGGACGGCUCGGCGCCACCAGGUGAACGGACAUGGCGGGCUGGAUCCAAGCCCAGCAGCUGCAGGGAGAUGCGCUGCGCCAGAUGCAGGUGCUGUAUGGGCAGCACUUCCCCAUCGAGGUUCGGCACUACUUAGCGCAUUGGAUCGAGAGCCAGCCGUGGGAUGCCAUCGACCUGGACAAUCCCCAGGACCGAGCCCAGGCCACCCAGCUCCUGGAGGGCCUGGUGCAGGAGCUGCAGAAGAAGGCCGAGCACCAAGUGGGGGAAGAUGGGUUCUUACUGAAGAUCAAACUGGGGCACUAUGCCACGCAGCUCCAGAACACGUAUGACCGCUGCCCCAUGGAGCUGGUCCGCUGCAUCCGGCAUAUUCUGUACAACGAACAGAGGCUGGUCCGAGAAGCCAACAACGGUAGUUCUCCAGCUGGGAUCCUGGUGGACGCCAUGUCCCAGAAACACCUCCAGAUCAACCAGACGUUUGAGGAGCUGCGACUGGUCACACAGGACACAGAGAAUGAGCUGAAGAAGCUGCAGCAGACUCAAGAGUACUUCAUCAUCCAGUAUCAGGAGAGCCUGAGGAUCCAGGCUCAGUUUGCCCAGCUGGCCCAGCUGAAUCCGCAGGAGCGCCUGAGCCGGGAGACGGCCCUCCAGCAGAAGCAGGUGUCCCUGGAGGCCUGGCUGCAGCGGGAGGCCCAGACGCUGCAGCAGUACCGUGUGGAGCUGGCCGAGAAGCACCAGAAGACCUUGCAGCUGCUGCGGAAGCAGCAGACCAUCAUUCUGGAUGAUGAACUGAUCCAGUGGAAGCGGCGGCAGCAGCUGGCGGGGAACGGAGGGCCCCCCGAGGGCAGCCUGGAUGUGCUGCAGUCCUGGUGCGAGAAGUUGGCCGAGAUCAUCUGGCAGAACCGGCAGCAGAUCCGCAGAGCUGAGCACCUCUGCCAGCAGCUGCCCAUCCCUGGCCCAGUGGAGGAGAUGCUAGCUGAGGUCAAUGCCACCAUCACAGACAUCAUCUCAGCCCUGGUGACCAGCACAUUCAUCAUCGAGAAGCAGCCCCCUCAGGUCCUGAAGACCCAGACCAAGUUUGCAGCGACGGUGCGCCUGCUGGUGGGCGGGAAGCUGAACGUGCACAUGAACCCCCCCCAGGUGAAGGCCACCAUCAUCAGUGAGCAGCAGGCCAAGUCACUGCUCAAGAAUGAGAAUACCCGCAACGACUACAGUGGAGAGAUCCUGAACAACUGCUGUGUGAUGGAAUACCACCAAGCCACCGGCACCCUGAGCGCGCACUUCAGGAACAUGUCACUAAAGAGAAUUAAGCGUGCUGACCGGAGGGGCGCAGAGUCUGUGACGGAGGAGAAGUUCACAGUCCUGUUUGAGUCUCAGUUCAGUGUCGGCAGCAAUGAGCUUGUGUUCCAAGUAAAGACUCUGUCCCUUCCCGUGGUUGUCAUCGUUCAUGGCAGCCAGGACCACAACGCUACCGCCACUGUGCUGUGGGACAACGCCUUCGCCGAGCCGGGCAGGGUGCCAUUUGCCGUGCCUGACAAAGUGCUGUGGCCGCAGCUGUGUGAGGCGCUCAACAUGAAAUUCAAGGCCGAAGUGCAGAGCAACCGGGGCCUGACCAAGGAGAACCUCGUGUUCCUGGCACAGAAACUGUUCAACAGCAGCAGCAGCCACCUUGAAGACUAUAAUGGCAUGUCCGUGUCCUGGUCCCAGUUCAACAGGGAGAACUUGCCAGGCUGGAACUACACCUUCUGGCAGUGGUUCGAUGGGGUCAUGGAGGUGCUGAAGAAGCAUCACAAGCCUCAUUGGAAUGACGGGGCCAUCCUAGGUUUUGUGAAUAAGCAACAGGCCCAUGACCUGCUCAUCAACAAACCCGAUGGAACCUUUUUAUUGCGCUUUAGCGACUCUGAAAUCGGGGGCAUCACCAUUGCCUGGAAGUUUGACUCUCCUGACCGCAACCUUUGGAACCUGAAGCCGUUCACCACGCGGGACUUCUCCAUCCGGUCCCUGGCUGACCGGCUGGGGGACCUGAGCUAUCUCAUCUAUGUAUUUCCCGACCGACCCAAGGAUGAGGUCUUCUCCAAGUAUUACACCCCUGUGCUCGCUAAAGCGGUGGAUGGAUACGUGAAGCCACAGAUCAAGCAAGUGGUCCCUGAGUUUGUGAAUGCGUCUGCAGACUCUGCCGGGGCCAGUGCCACCUACAUGGACCAGGCCCCCUCCCCAGCCGUGUGCCCCCAGGCUCAUUAUAACAUGUACCCACAGAACCCUGACCCCGUCCUUGACCAGGAUGGAGAAUUUGACCUGGAUGAGACCAUGGAUGUAGCCAGGCAUGUGGAGGAACUCUUACGCCGCCCGAUGGACGGCAGGACGACAGGGAUGGCCGAGCACAACCUGUUUGUCUUGGAGAGAAGGUCCUCAUCCCCUUAAUUCUGAAACUGGUGAGUGUGGGUAAAACAAAUAGCGCUCCACAGAAACUCUGACCGACUGAGAUAAGGUGGUCUGGGACCACCCAAGCUAGUCGGGCCUCUGGAUUGGGGCGGCGGGGGGGGGGGGGGGGGGUGGACCAAACAUCAGAGACCAUGAAGUGUUUCGAAAUGCACAGUAAAUGGGAGCUGUUCUCCCUCAUCCGCGGGGCCUCAAUGGGGAGGAGAUGGUCACCAGCACUGGGGGGAGGCCGAGGUGCACACCCUCAAAGAGGGACAGACUUCGAGUUUAUCACUAAGCCUUUGCCCCUGGGUUAACCACGUGAAGUGAUUAAAGGUGCCUCGGGAAACCACCAAGAAACCAGGAUAAAAACCAUAUUCCCUGAGCUCAACUAGACCCUUGGCUGGGGCCCCACAGUCUGAGUCAUGUUCGAUCUCUAACUCUCACCUUCUUAUUCCAGGAUUCCUAAAGCAAACAGGACAAGGGGGCCUUCAGACACUGGAAGGAGCCAUACACAAGGGGGGUCAGGUGGAGAAGGAGGAAGGAAGGAUCAUCCCAUCCCUUAUAAGGCACCCACAGGAACAACCCAGGCUCUGGAACAGGAGCACAAGUCCAGGCAGACGGGGGACAGGUUGUAAGCACUCCUCUGCGCAGCCUUACCUACUAACAGGCCGACACAUUAAAGGGGAAAAUAAAAACUUUGUUUAUUAAAAAAAGUCUAGAAUGUUUCGGUUGUCCUUCAACCUUCCUAUGUCAAAACCAAAGGCCAAGCCACAGCUUCAGAUGUCUUUUAAAGAGCUGGAUCUGAAGCCCAUUUCCGGAUUUCUAUAAAUUAUCAGCCUGAAGAAAGCUGAAUGCCUAAAGCACCAAGAAGGCUACUGACUGAGUUUUCUUAAAUACAGAAAAGGCUAUGCCGAUACAGUGUUUUUUUUGCCCUUGAAAAAAAAUUUUUUUUUUUUUUUUUUAAUUUAAAAAGAAACCUCGGGGCUGUGAAAGUCCUAUCUUCUAUUUGGAUGUUAGCAAGGUUAAAAGUGCAAUGUCAGCAGUAGCACAGCUACAGGCAGCCUGUGGCGGCCGCUCGCAGGAGCAGGCGGAGGGCUGUGCGGGCACCGGGAGGCACUUGUCUAACAAGGCAAGCUGCUGAGAAAGGAGGGCGGGGGAGCAAGAAAAGACAAGAACGUUUCCUUUCUCCCCCUCGUGCCACCCCUUCCGCAUCCCCUGAUGGCGGUCUCAGAGAACACGUUUCUUAUUUGCAUUUAGGUCAAAGCGUAUCACUCACAUUCAUUCAUUUCUCUAUUGUGAAAAGUGCCCAGGUCGCUCAAAGGUAGCAGGAGUAGGAGAUUUAAAAAAACAAAAACAAAAACAAAAACAAAACAAAA